CGAUGAGCGUGACGUCACGGGGUUCUUUCUUAACUGUGACGCGGCAUUUAGCUAACGCCUGCUAGCUUAGUGAGCUCCCGUAUAUCAGCUCAUUUAACGGUCACACCGAGUGACCCGGGCUUCAGCUUCACCGGCAAGUCAUUGUUCGCUUCGUCACCAUGGGGAAUGUAUUCGCGAGCUUAUUCAAAGGCCUGUUUGGGAAGAAAGAGAUGAGGAUUCUAAUGGUGGGGCUCGAUGCGGCUGGAAAAACAACUAUCCUAUAUAAACUCAAGCUCGGAGAGAUAGUCACCACCAUUCCCACCAUUGGUUUUAAUGUUGAAACUGUAGAAUACAAGAACAUCAGCUUCACAGUUUGGGAUGUGGGCGGUCAGGACAAAAUCAGGCCGCUGUGGCGCCACUACUUCCAGAACACUCAAGGGCUCAUCUUCGUGGUGGACAGCAACGACAGAGAGAGAGUGAACGAGGCGAGGGAGGAACUGUCCAGAAUGCUCGCUGAGGACGAACUCAGAGACGCCGUGCUGCUCGUUUUUGCAAAUAAACAGGAUCUCCCCAACGCCAUGAACGCUGCAGAGAUCACAGACAAGCUGGGCCUGCACGCCCUUCGCCAGCGCAGCUGGUACAUCCAGGCCACCUGUGCCACCAGCGGAGACGGCUUGUACGAGGGCCUCGACUGGCUCUCCAACCAGCUGAAGAACCAGAAAUGAUCCAUUCCAGCAGUUUUGAAAAUUUUUUUGUUUGUUUGUUGUUUAUUUUUUUUUUCUGUUUUGACACAGCGGCAGCACCGGAUCCAGGCCCCCUUCUGCGCCCCUCUAACUCCUCUGCUCCGGCUCUUUCUUUCAACAACUUCCUCCUGCUUUCUCCUCUUCCUCGUCAGUACUAUUGGGGCUCUAGCCUGUGCUGCUUGUGUGUGUGUGUGGGUUUGUGUGCCUGUGUGUGUGUGUGGGUGUGUGGGUGUGAAGGCGUCUCUGUGUAUGCUGGCUGGGAUUGGGAGUAACCCUGGCGUGCCUUUUACACACCUCCUGUGGAAUCAGCAGUCUGGUUUUCAAGCCCCUCUCUCUCCAUCCACCAAACUCAGCCUCUGCCCCGCUCGGCCUGCCCCCUCCUCCCCACCUAAUCUCAGUCUUGCACGGCUCCCCCACCUGU